ACAAAAGGAGCAACUCGUUCGCGAAGGUUCAGACGCCUGCUCACCACAAUGAAAUUGUUGUUGUGCUUGGUGCUUUGUGCUCUGGCGGUCGGGCUUCAUGCCUCGGACGAUUGGGGUCUCCCUGACGAGACGACCUUGGUAGAUGGGGCUCCUCCGGUACCAAAAAUGCCGGGUAUUGAGGAAAGUGAAGUCGGCACAGAAGACAUUGAUGAUGACGACGACGACGACGAAAAAGAUGAAGGAUAUGAAAACGAUGAUGACGAUGAUGAUGAAGACGAAGACGGCGACGAAGGUAACCGGCAGAGGCUUUCCCGCCAGAGGCUUUCCCGCCAGAGGCAAUCCCGGCAGAGGAAAUCCUGGCAGAGGCAAUCCCGGCAGAGGCUAUCCCUAGUACGAGGCUAUCCCGGCGAAGGCCGCCGGCCACAGCAGGGCAUGAAGUGCAUGAUGGAAUUUGAGGAGUGCAGGAAUAGCUCUAACGGUACUUGUGAGAAGAUGCUUCAAUGCCACCAGGAAAAGAGCAAGUGCUGGAAGACCAUCAAGGACAACAAGCGUGAGGCCUUUGCUGGAGACGAUGAGGACCAAAGGCCCGAACCAACAAGACCAUGUAAAUGCAAGACGCAGUUUGAAGAAUGCUUGAAAACAGCAGAAGGUUGUGAGAACCAGUUGACUUGCUACAAAAACAAGAUGACCUGCUACAAGGAAAAACGCGAGCAAGGCCGGCAUCAUGGUCAUCGUAGAAAACAUCACAGACCACAUCAUCAUCGACACCAUCAUCGCCGACUUCCCGAAUAUCUCAAGAAAUGUAUGAUUGAGAAGGUCAAGUGCAUGGCAAUGGCGGAUUUUAACUGCACCCGCGUGCUGGCGUGCAAGUACAAGUUUGUGGCGUGCAUUGAAAAGCACCACCCCACCCUGCCACCAACCAGCAUGCCCUCCAACGAGACUGAAAUUGAAGGCCUGGAGAGACGAAACAUGACGAAAUGCAAAGUGAUGUUCAAGAAGUGUGAGAAAGCUGCAGGAGAUAGCUGUCCAAAGAAACUGUGGUGCUUCAAGAAGGCGAAAUUCUGCUACAAGCGAAACCAUCCUCGUCCAAUCUUUGAGAACAUGAGGGAUAAGGCCAAAAGAGCCUGGGAGGACAAGAAGCCUAAGAUGAAGGAAUACAUGUGGAAAGUUAAGCAGGCGGUCAAGAAACGUGUGGAAAAAGCAUGGAAAUGGUUUGGCUAGAAGUGGAAGCAUUGGACCAUACGAAUCUCUACAUGCAUCGAUAAUUUACUUUGUAGUUUAAGUAACAGAUUCAGGUAUUGUGCAGCAGAAUUAUAAUAUUUCAUUCCUGCCCUAUACACCAAAAAGUUCUUGACAAGCCUUCCAGUUCAAAAUUUGCCAAAGUUACACUUUGCACAAUGCCUGGAUCUGCUUUAUUGUGUAUUAUCCUUUAAAUAGUACUUAAGGUACUGAUAUAGUUUAAUCAAGCGUCAUUGAUAGAUACUCAACAAAUCAUUUCUAGUCUGUAACUAAACUGACUUUUAAUAAAAAAAACGCAAAGGUUUAA